GAGGUUAUUAUUAUAACUGGCCAAAGUUCCACAGCCUUUGUCUUUUUGUUUCUAAAGUACUAUUCCGUUGUUGAGUUUUUUGUUCCUUCGUUCUUCAAGAUCUCUUUAGAUAAUUCUUUAUUGAAUUUUUUUUUUUUUCAGUUCCUCGUCUGUGCUUCUGUUAAUUGACUUUUUCUGCUUUCAGUAAGUCAAUUAAUCAUAAGGAGAGUCAUCAGGAGAUGUCAUACUAUAAUAACCGUCAGGGUGGCUCGGCGUCACUGGGUAAUCCUUUCGACAAUCCUCUUAUCGAUUUAGAUGAUGGGAAUAGUCAAGCACAUCAUGAUACCCAAUCAAGUCCUUAUAACAAUUUAUCCUCCCAGCAUCAAUAUACAACCCAUUCACAUAAUAACGAUAAUUUCCAUCAACAAAAUAAUCCUUUUGAUGAACAUUUUAUCAUAUCCGAUGAUGAAUACGAUACCCAAGCUUCUUCCCAUCAUCGUGAUGGCAGUAGUAGUAAUCGUCAAGUUCCUUUACUAAGUACAUCUAACGAUCCAACAGUGAAACAAAAGUCAGGAUUUUUCAAUAACUUACGUUCUCCAGUUGGGGAUGGUGGUGCUAAUUAUAUGGGAAUGAGUGACCCAUUUGAUGAUGAUAAAGCUUAUAAUAAUGCUAAGAGUGAAUCAACCGAUUUUGACAUUCGUAAUAUUUAUAAUCGUAUGAAAACGGGUAUCUUUGGUGGUAAACCUAGCAGCAAAUCAUCUAAAUCCAAUAAAGGUCCUCGUCAAAUCUAUGUGAUUAAUACUAGCGCCAAUGAUUCAUUUGGUUAUUUUGGUAACUAUAUCUCUACAACAAAAUAUAACAUUGCUACUUUCCUACCUAAGUUUUUAUUCGAACAAUUUAGUAAAUAUGCUAAUUUGUUUUUCCUUUUCACAUCUGUUAUCCAACAAGUUCCUAAUGUUUCUCCAACUAAUAGAUAUACCACUAUUGGUACUUUGAUUGUUGUUUUACUUGUUUCGGCAAUUAAAGAAAUAAUGGAAGAUAUUAAAAGAGCUAAUGCAGAUAAAGAUUUGAAUAAUACUAAAGUUUUAGUGUUAAAUCCUACUUCUGGUGAUUUCCAAACUAAAAAAUGGACUCAUGUUAAAGUUGGUGAUAUAGUUAAAGUGACCAACGAAGAACCUUUUCCUGCCGAUUUAUUGUUACUCAGUUCUUCGGAACCUGAAGGUCUUUGUUAUAUCGAAACUGCAAAUCUUGAUGGUGAAACUAAUCUUAAAAUUAAGCAAUCAAAACCUGAAACUUCUUAUUUAGUCAACCCAAGAGAUUUAGUAUCUGACUUAAGUUCUACCGAAAUAUUAUCUGAACAGCCGAAUUCGUCUCUUUACACUUAUGAAGGUAAUUUGAAAGGAUUUGGAUCAGUUGGUCAAAUUCCUUUAUCUCCUGAACAGUUACUUUUGAGAGGUGCUACUUUAAGAAAUACUCAGUGGAUCCAUGGUAUCGUAAUUUUCACUGGCCAUGAAACAAAAUUAAUGCGUAAUGCAACUGCAACUCCUAUCAAAAGAACUGAUGUUGAAAGAAUUAUCAAUUUACAAAUUAUUGCCCUUUUCUCAAUUUUAAUUACUUUAGCAAUUGUGGGUUCAAUUGGUAAUGUUGCUAAGUUGCAGGUUGAUUCCAAAUCCUUGGGUUAUUUGAUGUUGAGUGGUACAAGUAAAGCUAAACUUUUCUUUCAAGAUAUUUUAACUUACUGGAUUUUGUUUUCCAAUUUGGUUCCUAUUUCUUUAUUCGUUACUGUUGAAAUUAUUAAAUACUAUCAAGCUUAUAUGAUUGGUAGUGAUUUAGAUAUGUACUAUGAAGAAACAGAUACUCCAACCGGUGUUAGAACUUCCUCUUUAGUUGAGGAAUUAGGUCAAAUUGAUUUUAUUUUUUCAGAUAAAACUGGUACUUUGACUAGAAACAUUAUGGAGUUUAAAAGUUGUUCCAUUGGGGGUAAGUGUUAUAUUGAAGAAAUUCCCGAGGAUGGUAAUGCCCAAUUAAUCGAUAAUAUUGAAGUUGGUUAUUAUAGCUACGAUGAUUUAUACCAACAUUUGGCUGAUACUUCAUCUCAACAAUCGGCUAUAAUCAAUGAAUUUUUGACUCUUUUGAGUACAUGCCAUACUGUUAUCCCUGAAGUAAAUGAUACGACUGGGAGUAUUAAGUACCAGGCGGCUUCCCCUGAUGAAGGUGCUUUGGUUCAAGGUGCUGCAGAUUUAGGUUAUAAAUUCACUAUCCGUAAGCCAAAAGGGGUGACAAUCAAUAAUCGCUUGACCAACAGCGACUCGGAAUAUGAAUUAUUGAAUAUAUGUGAAUUUAAUUCCACUAGAAAGAGAAUGUCUGCUAUCUUUAGAUGUCCCGACGGUGUUAUCAGACUUUUUUGUAAAGGUGCAGAUACUGUGAUUUUAGAGAGAUUAAGCCAACAAGAAGCACAGCCAUUCGUUGAUUCAACUUUACGUCAUUUGGAAGAUUUUGCUGCCGAAGGUUUGAGAACCUUGUGUAUAGCAUCUAGAAUAGUGGGUGAAGAGGAAUAUCAAGCUUGGGCUAGUAAGUACUAUGAAGCAUCCACUGCCUUAAAUGAUAGAAGCGAACAAUUAGAUGCGGUGGCAGAAAUGAUAGAGACUGAUUUAUUUUUAUUGGGAGCUACUGCUAUUGAAGAUAAGUUACAAGAUGGUGUUCCAGAGACUAUUCAUACUUUACAAGAUGCUGGUAUUAAGGUUUGGGUUUUAACUGGUGAUAGACAAGAAACUGCCAUUAAUAUUGGUAUGUCAUGUAAGUUGUUGAGUGAAGAUAUGAAUUUGUUAAUCAUUAACGAGGAAACCAAAAUGGAUACCAAACUUAACUUACAAGAGAAGCUAUCAGCUAUUCAAGAACACCAGUACGACGUUGAGGAUGGUUCUUUGGAUGCUUCACUUGCUUUAAUUAUCGAUGGUCACUCAUUAGGUUAUGCUUUGGAACCCGAGUUAGAAGAUUUGUUCAUUACAUUAGGUAGUCGCUGUAAGGCUGUCAUUUGUUGCCGUGUGUCUCCUUUACAAAAGGCAUUGGUUGUUAAGAUGGUUAAACGUAAGAAGAAGCAAUCAUUGUUGUUGGCCAUUGGUGAUGGUGCUAAUGAUGUCUCUAUGAUUCAAGCUGCGCAUGUCGGUGUUGGUAUUAGUGGUAUGGAAGGUAUGCAAGCAGCAAGAAGUGCAGAUAUCUCAAUUGGUCAAUUCAAGUAUUUAAAAAAAUUGCUUCUCGUUCAUGGUUCCUGGUCUUAUCAACGUAUUUCCAAUGCUAUUUUGUAUUCAUUCUACAAGAACAUUAUCUUGUAUAUGACUCAGUUCUGGUUCGUCUUUGCUAAUUGCUUUUCAGGUCAAUCUAUUAUUGAAUCGUGGACAUUAACCUUGUACAAUGUUUUGUUUACCGUUUUCCCACCAUUCGUUAUGGGGGUGUUCGAUCAAUUUGUCAGUGCCAGAUUAUUAGAUCGUUAUCCACAAUUGUAUCAAUUGGGUCAACAAAAGAAAUUUUUCAAUGUACCUAUAUUCUGGAGUUGGAUUAUUAAUGGGUUUUUCCACUCGGCUGUGAUUUUCUUAUGUUCGUAUUUUAUAUACCAACACAGUGACCAAUUAGCUUCUGGUCUUGUCACAAACCAUUGGGCAUGGGGAACUGCUGUAUAUACAACCUGUUGCUUGACUGCUUUGGGUAAGGCUUCAUUAGUGGUAACUAUGUGGACCAAGUUCACUUUACUUGCUAUCCCUGGGUCUUUCAUUUUAUGGCUACUUUGGUUUCCUGCCUAUGCAACUAUUGCACCAAUGAUUAACGUCUCUGAAGAAUAUCUUGGAGUUUUGAAUGUGACUUAUCCUAGCCUUACAUUUUGGGCAAUGGUAUUCGGUGUAUCGGUAUUGUGUCUAACCAGAGAUUUAGCAUGGAAAUUUUUCAAGAGAAGUUACAAUCCCGAAAGCUACCAUUACGUUCAAGAAAUUCAAAAAUACAACAUUCAAGAUUAUAGACCAAGAAUGGAACAAUUUCAAAAAGCUAUCAGAAAAGUCAGACAAGUCCAAAGAAUUAAAAAACAAAGGGGGUUUGCCUUUUCUCAAGUCGACAAUCAAGAUCAAGAGAAGAUUGUCAGAUUGUAUGAUACCACCAAAAAGAGAGGUGUCUUCGGUGAGUUAUCAGAAGGAAAUUAAUCCUUCCUUAAUUAGCAUUUUUCUUUUUUAUCACCACUUUUAAAUAUUUCUUAUUUAUCUUUUAUGAUUAUUCUUUUUAUCUUUUCACUUUUAUCUUGCCCGUUCAUCAUUCAUAAUGUAUCUUUUU